ACGGCUGUUGGUAGCCGUUCGUGUAGUACGUCUGUGUAGUUCGUUGUAUCGAAACUGCAGUUGGUGGAUUUUGUCCGCUGUCGGUUGCCGGUUGCACUAUAUCCACGGUGGUUGUCGAGCGCGGCAGGUGAAGUUGGGGCCGGCUACGUGUCUCCGGUCGCUUAGAGUACGCCCGGCGCGAUAUUGAUCGCAUCCCGUCCCGUUCCGCUGUUUCAAUGUUUAUAAACAGCAGGCCGCAUCUAUUCGUUCGCACUUGUUUUUGAUACGUACUGCAAAAGAUUUGAAUAGCCGAUCCUGCAUGCGCCCUCUACAUCGGCAUCUUUCAAAGGAUCCAGUGCACCCUUUAUUAUCACUGCAUGGGUAGACGACGUGUGUGACGAGUGUCAAGAACAAUAUUUCCUGAAUGAAAAAUGAUAAUAGUUGUUGCUUUCGACUUGUAAAUGUUAAUCGACAGUGCUUUAAUUAAUGUGAAAGAGAUCUAAGACAGCCAUGCUGUCUUACAUGGUGCCAGUCGAUGAGAAACCCCCUCCAGCGCCUAAAGGUCGUCUAGCGUUGGAGCUGGUCGCGAGCCCUGGUAGCCCAGAAUCGACGGCUAGAAGGCCAAAGACGAAUAUAUCAAAGGACUCCUCCACGAGCUCCUUCGCAAGUGACCUCACAAUAUCAUCUUCCACACCGACCGGAGCCCACGAUAAGCCGAAACACAAACUCCUCAAUGGCAACAAACACACGUCGCUGAAAAGGGUAUCCUUCGGAAGUUCCAAAGGAUCUAUGGUGGAGACGCUUAUCUACGAGAGCCCGCUGCAGGAAGAGCCAGAGAGCAGCCCACCUCCUAAGUUCCAGGAGACAUCAUUCCCAUACACGCCCGUCGAAGACGAUCCGGAGCGAUCCAAAGUCCGCGUGACAUUCUACCAGGGAGUCCGACCACAGUGUCUCUCACCUCCGCCGCAGGACAUUCACCUACUGUACUCCGAUCGGCUCUCUGUUCCCGCUAACAUAGACAUGGCUGAUCAUAUUAUGUACAAUAGACAAAUCAGUACUGAAAGCGGUUGGGAUAACCCGUUCCGUCCCGACGGAGAUCUCAGCCGUGAAGCUGAUGAGAUCGUUUCGCUGAUCAAAGGCGGCAAGCCGAUCACGCCCACGCCACCGCCACUUGGAAACCAGACGCCCAUCUGUGAUGACAAGGAGGAAAAAGUCCAGGCAAACAACGUCAAUGCCAGUCCACCGGCGUCGCCACAGACGAAGGUCUCCAGCCCUGUCCAGAGCACUCCGAAGUCAGCGAACGGCACCAAGAACGGCACAGCUGUUGAAGUUAGACCUGGCCAGGUGGAGGUGCAGCGCACCCAGCCCCAGGAGCCGCAGCAGCCCGAACACGUGACCAUCAAGAAGAAACAGAAGUGCCAAUGCUGCGUCAUACAAUAAACCGAUCAUAUUGAACACAAGCGAUCACAGCCAUCAUCAUAUCUUCACCGUUUCAUAGUGAUGUGUUCACUACCAUACAUUUUCACAGCAACCUACUGUGCUAUUUGGCGUACUUCGGAUCUUAAUAUACCUUUCGUUUUAUUUAACUAGUAUUCGAGGUUGCGUUAAGAUGUAACUUUCUUUGUUUUUUACUGUUAUGACUAUUGUUUUAUAAGUUUUUUUUUUUUUUUUAUAUUUAUGUAAUUUUAUUUAGCAUGUAAAGUUUGUCGUUCGACUAGUCCGGUGAGGUAAAACGUAAUGUUUUAGAAUAUAUGAAAAAAAAUAUAAUUUUGUUUCGCAAGUAACAGGAGCCCGUACAGUAUUCGAUUAAAUUUAUGAGCCUUGCUUAUUAUGUUAAGAGAAUCUCAGAAAAAACAAUACUUCAGUAACAAUUUAAAAGAGCUACGACGUAGAUAUAUACAUAUGAUAUAUUUAAAAAAAUAAAAAAAAAGUUAUUUACUGAAAAACAAAUCCCAAUUUCUUACUAUACACGAUACAAAAAUUUUACCUAUCAUUUUUAACCCAAAGGGACAAAAAUAUCAUUAUUUAGAAGAAAUUUAAAAAAAAAAUAAAACACUAGUAAUUUAUUUUAAUACUGUUUGUAAGUUAAACCUGUUUUGUAUAAUUUAAAUGUAUAUUUUUUUAUAUAUUUAUUUGUUGAAAUGGAAAAAAAAAAGUAUUAUAAUCUCUUACUAUUGAAGAAUUAAAAGUAGAUAUGCGCUUUAUAGUUUAUUAUGACAAACAUUUUCUGGGAUACUGUCACUUGUUAUGAAGGAUAUAACAGAAUAAGAGCAGAAAUGAUCUCGUUUAUUUGGUUCUACAGUGUCUGUAAGUAUAGGAACAUAUGGUGUUGGAAUUAAGACUGUCUAUCAAUAAACUUAGCCGGAAGCCUCCAUAGUAUUUGAGAGUAACCCACAGUAAUAACUUAUUAAUGGUAGCCCCAUUCUGUAGCUACUUGCUUGCGUCCACUUAUAAUAUUUAUUAUACGUAAAUAUAUGAAAAUAUGAUAAAAAUCGGCAUCUCUUGAUCGUAUCUCUAUAUUUCACAUAUGAAUUAAAAACAUGUUGCCAAUUAGGGUGCUUGUAAAUCAAAACAACAAAAUUAUAAUUGUAUACAAUCUGUGCAUUCGAUUUUCAAAGCCGAUCCUAAGAUUAUCUAAUGUUAUUUUUUUCUCGACAAAAAAAUAACAUAGUUGAUAGAAAUGUGCAAAUUAUUUUACAAAUCUUGUUAGUGAAUUGUAACAAUAGUGCUAUAGUAGAUUUAAAUGGCAUGUCAUAUAUACUUAUGAAUAGAUAGAAGGUCCCAUGUGAAUGGUAAGCAAAGAAUUUAAUUAAUGAGAAAAGGGAAAAUUGUGAAAAAAAAAAACAAUUUGGCUUCACGUAUAAGUGGAAGUUUCCUUAAGUAGAUAGGUUAAUAGAAUGGUAAUUUUUAAGACAAUUUUUUUUUUUUUUAAUUAUUCAGUUAUUUGUUAUUAACGGUUAUAAUAAUGGAAAUAAAUUAUUUUCAAUUUCAAUAUAUAUAUAGAUUUUGUAAUCUAGAUUGUAAGAGGCGUUGACAAGGAAUGCGUGUAAUAUAAAAUGCAUCCGUGUUGUGAUAGUAGAAACAUCUGGAUGUGAGACGAGUGCAGCUUGAUGUAGGCUUUUAGGGUGAAUUAAUUUCUGUACGCCGAUAGUGCUUUUAUGUGUAAAAUGUUGUAAAAUUUCAUAUGAAACCAUCUCCGGCACUUUCCUAUUGAUGACAGCACUAGUUGUUAGAUCGGAUAGUCGUACUAAAACAUUGAAUUCUGUAACACUGGCAUAAAAUACACAGCUUCAUACAUAAUAGUUAUAUGUGUACAUUGUCGGCUGUAUGUUCACAAUCUCAAACAAGGUAUCAUUAUUAUAAUAUAAUACAUACAUGUAUUUAUUAACAUCUUAUGCUUAUUAUUUGUAAUAUUAUAUGUAUAUAUAUAUAAUUCAUAAUAACAAAAUUCUUAUAUUAAAAAAUAUCAAGUGCUAAUAUUUAUUUUUCAUUUACCUGAUUGGUAUAAUUUAUUUUUUAUUAUCCUAUAGGAGAUUAUUUUAAUUUAUUAGAUAUUUUUGUCUUUAAAUAAUAUUUUAAUAAUAAGAGUGUUUAGUGUAAUGUUUGUUAAUGUUAUAAUUUUUUAUUAUAUUAUUAUUAUUUUUUUGCAUCAUCCUAAUUGCAUAUUCAAGUGAACCAUAGUUUUGCAGUAAGGAAAUUUUGUGUUCAACUUCAAAUACUAUCAGAUUAAAAUAUUGGUGCUGUGUUUUUUGCUAUUAACUUACCAGUUAAUUCCUACUGUCAUUACUACCAUGUUUAAUUAUAGAUUCCUUAUACAUACUACAAAAUGGAAGCCAUACAUUUUAAUCAACCCCACAAGCCACACGACUAACUAAACUUCAAUGAAUCAGUAUUUUCCCAUCAUUUCCAACCAAGUUAUCCUUUGUAUAAAUAACUGAUAGACGAAACAGCACUAUACAUUUAACACUAACUGACUUAAAAUAUGAGCCGACUCCAGACGCUUCCUUGGUUACAUCAACGUGUGUGCUUCAAUACAGCAUAUCACAUUAAUUUGCGUUUGAGAUAUGUUCCCUGAUAAUGUUUUUUAUUUUAUAAUAAAAUACUGUCAUUGGGGAACCAUAUUGCUAUGUAAACGCUAAAUUUUCUCCAUUCGAAUAGUUCAAUUUUUAUUUAAUGACAUUAAUAACUUAAUUUAAGUAUAAUAUUGUUUCCAAUAUUAAAAAAAAAAAACGAUUAGAUUUGUAAUAGAAAACUAAAUUUUAAAAUGGACAUUAUAUUUGUAUAAAAUAUUUACUUUCUAUUAUAUUAUCAAUCAAUGAAUAUGUACAAAUCGAUUACAUUGUAAUUAUUUAUAUUAAAUCUUUAAAUGCAUAA